AGCUACUAUUAAUUGACAGUGUGACGGAGAUACGAUACACGUCGGUUUAGUGUUGGCUGUGUUCGUUCGAAUUCGGAUGUGCAGGGCAAAGAAAAAAGUAUUUCACACUUAGUAAAAAUUUUUGAAAAAAGCGCAGAAUAGAAAAUCUAUCGCGGCCGCCAUUGUUUUGCUGCGCAGAGAAUAAAAACGGUAGUGUAUUUCGUUUUCACGGGGCGCGGGGUGAAAAAAGUGAAAAUAUUAAAUUCGUAUAAUUCAAAGGCAGCGGAAAGAUAAUUUGGUUGGAAAAAACAUUUUUCACUAUUGUUAAAUUGGUUUUUAUCCAUGUAGUGGCUCGUGGUGCUUGCUUAUGUUAAUCCACAGUGGCCGCCACAUUCGUUCAGUUCGCCUCUAAUUAAAUCGAGAAGGGAACAAGGAAAGAAAGAAAAAAAAAAAACAAUACAGGCGGCCAUAGCAUUUGAAAUUAUUUUGUGCUCAAGGAAUAAAAAUUGAAAAGUACUAAUGAAAGAAGAUCACUUAUGUGAUACAUGUGUAAUAGUUUCUCCUAAAUUUUUGAGUGUAUCAACAAUAAUUUUCAAAGUAAAUAGCCGAAUGUAAAGAAUAUGUACUAAAACUAAAUUCUGUUCCCGUUUUGUGGUGGAAGAAGAGGAAGAUCGAAAGUAAAGCAAACCUCUUGUUGUAUGGCGCGAUUAUGAAUUUGUGAUGCCGUCGAAAAAAUGCUAUAAAAUUAUAUAAAAUACUCUGAAUUACUAAUAGCGAAAAAAAGAAAUUCGCAGGCAGAUUAGUCACCAUUAUGUACCUAAUCACUUGAUAAAAGGUUAGCAUUGAAGAUUGAAGUUUACUGCAUGCGACGACAAUCGGGAUAAGGGACAUCCUCGUUGCGCGCAAGAGCACCAAGUUCAAAGGAUUUAAGGGUAGAUACAUCGCAAAAGGAUAUUAUCCGAGGGACAUAUAUCUUUUGCGGUUGCAUUAUCAUACCAUCAAUAUAAUUUAUAACAUUAAAAAUUGAGAAGUUAAUAGAGACGACGACGCGCGCAAAUCGCAGGCGCAGUCAUAGAGUAGGUAGCAGUCGGGGUGCCGUUGAGGAUGAGCCUAUAGCCGAAUGUGGCAAUGGCGAUAGCGCAUUAACCGACGCUGUAUUUGCCAGCAACGAAGCAGCUGCUGACGCUGCGAUUAUUGAGAAGCCAGAUGAAGCAGCUUCCGGCAGUAACAGCAUGGCACCAGCGCUCAACGAGCCAAUGAGCCCCACAGAAAAGCUAUCUAACUCGACUGCAAAAUUCACACCUUCGACUCGUUCAACAAAAGGUGGCAGUGGCACUGGGUCGACAACACCGUUGCCUAUAAUCAGCGGCUGUAACAAUAGUGAGAACAAGGAGAAAAGACCACGAAGAACUUCAAUAUCUACUCCGACGCCGUCACCGUCAGCCCCCAAUUUAACGCGUGUAACACGGUCCAAAGACGCUUUUCAACGCAUAUUUGAGCAGGCCGUCUCACCCACCACUUUUGUCUCACAACCACCAAUUGCCAAGGAGGAUACCAAUACAUCAACAGCGACGAACAAUACUUUGGACAUAGGUACCACUACGACAGACGGUGAAGACGAAAGCAACAGCAGAAAUACGCAUCAGGACGAUAUAACUAAUAAUGAGCCAAUGGGACUGAGUGUGAUAUUGCAAAACAAAAACGUCAAUAGCUGUAAUGACACAAAUUUUGUUGAAACUGCUAUUUCGGUUGCAGAGACGAGUGAGACAAUACGUAAGGACGUCGAAACCAAUUUCAACAAUAACAAUGACACAAGUAUAACUUUUAAAAGUAACUCAACGGAGCAGCUCUUGGCCGAUUUGACAAACGACAUCGAAGAGACCAUCACAACUAAAAUCUGCAUACGUAAGCAGCUGCAGGAUGUUACGGGAUUGAAAAACGGAUCGAACGUAUUACCGAAUACGACAACAGAAACAAAAAAUAUAGCCAUUCUCAAAACUGGCGGAAGAGAAGCGAGAAAAUCAAACUCAGCUUCAAGCCCUCUUAUAGCACAAGCUUCACAUAUAGACAACCUGCAGCAUAUGGAAUCCGGUUCGCAAAGCGGAACAAAUGAAAAUUAUAUUGGGUCAAUUGCAAAGCCGCAAGCACAAAAAGUAAUUUUACUGGGUGAGAAGAAAAGGCUCAACGAUGUCGUUGCGACAGCAACUUGUAACUCAACUUUGGUUUCGGAAACAAUUCCAGCUGGUGAGUUACAUGUCGAAUCGCAAAUAGGGAGCGCGAGGAUUCAGAAACCUGAAGGGGCAACGCGUUUGCAAAUUUUGUCAGUCGACGUCCUGCCACCGAUCAGUACCGACUCGACGAUGACGGCUUCUGAAGUAGAAGAUAAUCUUGAAGAGCGCUUAAGUCAACUUGAUGGUUCUGUGAUGGCUUCUUCGACCUGCGAAAAUAUGAAUACUGUAAUUGCUAGCGGUGGAAUUGAAACUAUGCCAACAACUCCUCCACGCACUCCUACAAAACAGCAAAUACAUCAGCAGCAAGUGCAAAAUCUGCAGCAGCAAUUGCAACAAACCCCACCAACACCAUUAUCACAGCAAGCACAUCAUCAACAACAGCAUAUGCAGCAACAAAACACUUUUACGCCGCAGAGCAGCACCUCAUCAGUGAAUACAAUGAACAGCACGAAUUUGCCACCGGCUUUCAUGAAAGAAAGUGGAGCUAGUGAGCUGGAGGAUCAAGACAUAGAAGAAGUGCUGAAAGUGCUUAAAGGUUUCGAUGGUAGUGCUGGCGCUGAUACGCUAUGCGACUUAAAUGUACUAUUCAACGAGGAGUAUACCCUCAAUUAUGAGGAGGUCAGCAGUCAGCCAGCAUCCACAUCGGCCAAACCGAACUCUAUAAAGGAAAUGCAAAACGAAAUCGAACGCAAUCAACAACAUAUGCAACAUAGAAUCGAUUUCCUAUUGCGGCGUAUGCGCAAAAUUCAAUCUCGUUAUAUGAGCAAGCAUUGCAGCGAAGAGAUAGCUGGCCUAUUUGAAUGGACGGCUCGCAUAUCCGCUGGUAAAGGUGGCGCAAUAAACAGCGCAUCUGAUCAUUUGCAUACUGACACAGCAAUUAGUGUCAUAGCAGCACGUCCACCUGCCAGUAAUUGGGCUGAGGAGAAAAAUCCGGUGGCUUCAACUCAAAUGUCAUCAAUGUUGCGUCGCUUGGAACAGUCUUCAAAUGCACAACAACUUUGUAUAGGGCUCGCGAGUAGCACCUUAAGCGCAGCGAAUAUGCAAGUGCCGCGUAAAUCCAAAAAGGCACUUUUGCAAGAAAUGCAAAAUGCUGCAUCAACGUCUACUAUGGCAACCUCAAUAGCAUCACCGGUCGAACGUAAAGGCGAAGUUGUGGUUCCCCAUUACGACAUAAACGUCAGUGAAGAGAUGGCUCAAGUUGCUGGACUAUUACAAACUGAGAUGCGAGAAGUACAGACGGCUAUGGACUCAGAUGCGACGGAAUCUAGCUCUGGUGGUGAAUCUGCAGACGAAAUGGUUACAUACAAUAAUCAGAUGCAGCAACCACUGGCUAUUGCCAAACGUGCUGCCUGGCGGUAUUCUCGGGAUCGAGCAGCGAUAGCCGCACGCUGGUCAUGGCUGCUUUCACAAAUUGCUGAUUUAGAAAUUAAAAUACGGCAACAUACUGAACUGCGGCAGGAGAUUGUGCGAACCAAGGGUGCAGUGGUGUGUGGUUCAGAGGAGCAGUUUGCAAUUGCUCAUGGUGGUAAUCUCAAAUCAAUUGAGGUAGCUGCAAACAGUACACCAGUAUCAUCUGUUAAUGGAUAUAAAGGGAAUCUGUUAAGCAGCACUGGUGGCAAACUUGAUGCUGAACGUGAUGAAACGGGACUUUCAGGAGCGGCGCGUACUCGUGGCUUUAUGUCAUCGCUUUUCCGCAAACGAAAACUUCUUCAAACGCAAAGUCUUCAUACCAUUUCAAAAAAGGCUGCGCGACCCAGCAACAUCAAAUGUGGCUGUCAGUGGCCUCUUAAUCCAUGUGCGUUGUGUACGGGACGAAUAGACCCGACGGCACCUCGAGAUCCUCCAGAUACAAUGAUGAUGGCAGAUAGAAUAUCGCUACUUGAUCCCGGUUAUCAUCCUGUUUUAAGCUUUCGUGAAGACGUCAGCAGCACUUUGCACUUGGAGGCUAUUGCCCGUAUGCCAGAAUGGCAGCAGCGCAUUAUGCGCUGUCAAGUAAAGAGCAUUGCGAAAAGUGUCUGGAAAGCUGAACGCGAAGCUGAACGUGCAGCUGGGCAUAAUACAUCCAAGAAAUACAAUGAACCGGCCGUCAAACGCCGCUACACGAAGAAAAAGGAUCGACUAGCUAUGGAAGAAAAGAAUGCGGCGGCAGCGGCGGCAUCGGGAGCAACAGCGAAUCCAACUAAUGCGUUACCAUCAGCUACAGCUGGCCUUGUUGGAGAUUCAUCGGUUAAUUUAACAGCAGGAACAGUCGGUGGUGGAAGUGGUGGAGCGUCGGCGGAUGCAUCAGUGGCUAGCGCAUAUGCAACAGCGAUAAAAACAUCAACGUCAUUGCCGGCGUGCGAUGUUGGAAACGUAUCGGCAAAAAAUUCAAAAAAGUUGCACCACUAUCAUCUAGUGGGCGACGGUGUGCUGCUAGAACCACCACGAUCUUUAUCGCCGGUGGCCACAAAUCACAGCAGUCACAGUCAAAGCAGCCAGCAAAGUGGCAACAGCAACAACAAUUACAUUCAUCAAACAAGCGACAAUCCCUCGCAAAAUUACGAUCCAUACAAUCCCAGCCCAAUACAUUCAUCAUUGAUCUCCAGCAACAGUAACGGUUUCAGCGGCGGUGGUGUUGGCGGCGGUAGUGGCAGUGGCAGUGGCAUCGGCAAUCAUAAACACAACAGCAAAUAUCGUAAAAGUUCAGGGUCAAGCGGAGCAACGGGCUUUGUCAACAACAACAACACUUUCUUCUAUCAUCAAAAUAAUUAUUUGCCUUCGCACCCCACCGGUGAAUCGAAUGAUGCGAAUUGGGAUGGCUUUGCGACACGUAGUCGCACAUCAUCACCUACUCAUGCAGGCGCUGGAGGCGGCGGCAGCAGUAAUUACCACAAAUACGAAAGAUCUAAAAAUCGAACAUCGUAUGAUAUAGACAACAUUGUUAUACCAUACAGUGUUGCUGCAGCGACACGGGUUGAAAUUUUACAAUACAAGGAAAUACCAACACCCAAAUGGCGAGUUAUUGUGGAAGAUCGUGGACGUGCUUCAAAGACAUCAACUUUGGACCCAGUUGUAUCUGGAAUAACCGAAUCUGAUGGCGGCGAAGGAAUGGAUAUCGAUGGAAGUGAAAAUAUACUGGAGCAAAAUAAGCCAUCAGCUGAGGAUGCUAAGGUGGAAAAGAAAAUAGAGGUUAUAGAAAAAAUAACAGCAGCAGCAGAAAUUAUAACCGAAGUGUCCGAAAAACUGACUGUUAAUAACGAGAAGACAAUAGAGGAUGGAGCAGACGCCUUAGCGAAAAGUGAUUUAACGAUUGCUGGUUCAAUAAAAAUCUCAGAGCAAAAGAAUAAUAACGUUUUAAAACAACACAGUGAUGCGGUGACAAAAACUGAGAAUAAGAGCAUUACAGCUGAAAAUUCGUUGUCGGUAAAUGACCCGGACUCGGACGAACCACUGGUGAAAAAAUUAAAAACAAAAUCUAUUGCGGAAAAUGAAAAAUUAAGCAAGACGGCUAUAGAUGCUAUUGUUGAAGCGAAAACAGAAGGUGUAAGCGAUGCAACUCUCGCUAUUAUGGAAAUUCCAGAAUCAGAAGCAAUGGCGACUUUGAAAAUGAAAUCUCAGUUGAAGCGUAGCGCUGCUAUUCAAGAAGAUGCCGCUACUGAAGCAUCUGAGUCCGAAGACAUCACUGAUGAUGCCAUCAUGUUGAAGCAUGAACGCGCGCUGGCUGAAGAGCGUCGAAAAUUCAAAACCUAUUUGAAAUUCCCGUGGAGUACGCGUUCACGAGCUAACCGGCGAAUCGACAGUCGCGCAGAAUCAAGCGGCGCCAAUACGCCAGACCCCACUUCACCGGCGCCACAAACACCCAGUCUAGGCGGUGGUGAUCAGGAGAGUAUUCCCUCACCACUGGCGCCGUCUACACCGCUUAAUCCAUUGGAUACGAUUUCUUCGGAAACAGGCGAAAGUAAUCACCCUCCAGCAAGUGCCAUCGGCAGUACUCCAAAUAACACCAAUAAUAACGUUUUGAUCAAACGUUUGGAACGUCGGCGCACAACGUCUACGAAAAAAGAACGUGAACUGGAGCGACGAAGCUCCACACCAGAUUCCAGAGAGCUUGUGCCACCAUAUGAACCUUUGCAAUUCCCACUUACCGAUGAGGCGUUCGAAGGCUUGCUUAAGGCAAUGCCUGUCGAAUUUCAUUAUUUAGAUUUCGACGCAAAGUAUUUAGAAGACUGUAAUAACACUGGCGGUGUCGUCAGUAGCUCCAAAUAUCCCCGUCAACGCACUAGCUGGCGCAGCGAUGGGUUGGCGGUGAGUAGCAGGCGCGGAAAGUUAGCCUCAGCAACGCAAAACUGUGAUGUAACUAGUAAUAGAAGGCAGCGAAUAAAUAAUAAUGCUGGUGCACGCAAAGGUGUCAACGGUGGUCGUGGGCGACGACGUGGCAAUCAUGCGAGCGUUAAAAUUAAUGAUACGUUGGAGAACGGGGUUCAUGGCGCUGACGAGGAUGAAGAGGCCGAUGAUGAUGAUGUCAAUUUGAUGAUGUUAUUGGCUGAGGAAGACGAUGAUUACGACUAUCCAAAACAUCAUUUAGCGCCCGACGAUGAUCUCUUUGAAGGCGGUUCUGUUAGUGUUGGCGGUGGUGUUAAUGGCGCUUUGAACGGUGUUACACGAAAUCGCAUGAUGGAUAUUGACGAUGAGUAUGAAGCUUAUUUGGGUCGUAGACACCGUGACAGCGAUGCGGACACCACAGACAGUGAGCCAUUCGCUGACGAUGAUCCGAACGAUCCGGAAUGGCGCGGCGGUGCCGAAGAUCGUGGUGGAGGUGGUGAACGAAAUCGCCGCGCCGUGAGGUAGCGAGAGCAAGUGAAUAUCGAACAGACUAACUAAAAAAACGGUUGGGUAAUUUUACGUUGUGACUGAAAUGUAAAAAUCAACGGAUUUUCGCCGCUUUAUUUUGGGAAAAAUGCUUGAAAUUUUUCUACAUUUGAUUUAACACAAUCGCUUUAUGUAAGCUGCGUUACAUUAAUAUUUAGUGUACGGAUACUGAUGCCUAUUUGUGGUGGAGCCAUAGUUUUAAAUAAUUCCCCCAGUUUUAAUUACACUUACUUAUAGACUAAAAGACAGAAAUAUUAGAGGAGGCAACACAUUUAGUUGUAGUGACAGUUGGAAGAGAGUAAAACAGUGAUGUCAAGAAAAAAUGACCGCGAAUAUAUGUUUUUCUUGUUUUGAACACAACUGAAUACUUAGUAAACUAACUUGCAACUUUGCUGACUAUUUUUGUGUCGAAACAUUUCAAGAGCAGUCAAGUGUUAUAUUUGCAUAUACAUAUACCUAUAUAUAUACAUUUCGAUAAAUAUGCAAAUGUUUUUUUCCAUUGUAAUGAAGCUGAAAAAAUUUACAUAAACAUAUGUUUAUCAACGGCAAUUUAGCUGUGUGCUUAAUUUACUUUGAUUAUUUGAAAUUUGUCAGCAUUUGGAAUAUAACUAAUAAUUUUUUGCUUCUCUUAAUAAAAUGCAAAAAGUAGAGAAAAUCGAAGAACAGCAAAGUAAAUUAUAAACAAUUCAUUGCUAUGUCUAAGUUGUUUUUGUCGGACUUCUUUUGCGCACAACCAGGGAAUGGGAGGGGAACGGGGUGAGGGAGGGGCGAUUGUGCAUUGUUAACAGUAUGCGUAAGUUUAUGCUUUUAAUUUUUUUUAUCGGCAAGUUAAAUUUUAGAUUUCAUAUUGGAAGUAAACAAGAAAUACAAAAACAAAAAAACAAAAAAAAAACAACAUACCUACAUAUAUAUACAAUAAUAUUUAAAUAAUUAUAGUUGUCAAUAGUAUAUGCAAUGAAAACAAAAAUUAAACAUUAACAUCUAAUUAUACUUAAAUAUUACAUUUAUCAUUAUGUUUAAAUUUAGUAAACACUCACAAUACACAUGUACAGCAAGCACACUUACAUAUAAACAAAGAAGCUAAAAAACGUAAUUUUCAUUGUAACCGACUUGUGGAAUCUACCGCAAAUUAACUAACUAUGUAAUUUAGUUUAAAAUCAAGAAACUAUUUACAAUUAAUUAGAUUCUCUAUAAAUUUAUGUGUUUUGACGGAUGAUUACUUAAAAUUUCAUUAUUUACGCACUUGAAAUCAUGAUGAAUAUCCCAUGGCAAUUGGUUACUUUCAGUUCUCUAGAUAAACUAAAAGUUGAGUUUUGUUCACACCCGGAUUUAUAUCCGGCCAAGGACUGUCACUCUAGCAGCAUUUUCCGUAUGUAAGUAUGUGGAAUGUUUAUGCUGCUACAACAACAACCACAUCAAUGCAGAGUGUACGCAAAUACUAAUUAAUGAAAUUAAUUUAAGCAAAUGUUGAAGUUUUUGCAAACAGUUUUUGGCACUGUAAGUUAUUCAUCAAAACACGUGAAUAUAUGGGAGCACUGUUCGCUAAAUAGAUCAAAGUAGCGGCAUAUAUAAUAGACAAUAUAAUGAAAACUGCUUGAUCAUGGAAUCCAAAAAAACUUUUUAAAGAACUAUUGUUUUUGGAUUCCCAUUUAAAUUGCGUUACGUAGUUAGUCUCUUGACAAGGCAAAUUAAAUGCAAAUGAAACUAAUAAAUUGGCUGGCUUAUGCGUGCAUAUUCUUAA